GCGAGUCUCUGCAGGCGGCCGCGCGAGAGAGCGAUGGAGGGGGGAGGCAGGGUCUCCUGGAUGAAGUAUGGCUCUGCCGUGUCGCUCUUCGUGGUCCUGCUGGCCUUCUGGUUCCGCUCACCGCAGCGCGCGGGGCUGGACGACCGGCUGGACGCGGUCCUGUCCUCCCUGCUCCGGGCGGAGCGCAAAGUCGGGAUGAAUAACGUCGCCAGACCGAAAGUGGCCAUCGGUUUCGGAGGUUGUGUCGACCUGAUCGUCGAUGGCGUGUCGCUGCUCAAUAAGAUCGGCCUCCCUGCCACAGAUCAGCCGCUCCAUCAUGACUACCUGGAAAACCCAGAGCAGUUGGCGCAGAGCUUUGCAUACUUCUUUGCUCCGGGAGCAGCUGCAGAACGCUUUAUGCUGAAUGACACACUCUUCAGUGAGCUGGUGGAGGGCGCCCGGGACUUACCUGGAAACAGAUGGGCCGUCGGCGGCAAUGCGCCGGUAAUGGCUGGUCGCAUGGCAACCGAAGGCUGUGAUGUGCUGCUCGGGGGGAGUUUCAGCCCCGAUUUUACUGAUGUCCUUUCCCAACACAUUACAGUGGCAGGCAACGCAGUGGAAGAACCAGACAUUCAUCUCAUCCUGGAGUAUCCGUCUGGGGCCACCUGGGGCCGCUACACGUCACGUAGGGCCAACAGGUACAUCAUCCACAGCGACGACCACAACCCCUAUCUGGAUUCCAUGGAGGAGUUCGCAAAGAAACUCACAGACUUUGAACCAGACCUGGUGGUGGUGGGGGGGCUGCAGAUGAUGGACAACUUCCCCUUCCAGUCGGGUGAGCGAGGCGCUCUCCUCUCCCGCCUGGCUGAUCUGCUGACCUCCUCAUCUCCACCGAUUGGCAUCCAUUUUGAGAUGGCCAGUUUUGUUGAGGAGAGUAUAAUGGAAGACUUGCUACACUACGUCAUCCCUCACGCGGACUCUUUGGGCAUGAAUGAACAAGAACUUCCCAACCUGCUGAGCCUCCUGAAGGGCUCAAACAUCACGGUCUUGUCCGAUCCAAACCCUCGCGUGGCGACCGUCCUUGACCAGAUGAGGGAAGUCUAUCGCAUCCUGAACCAGCGCCACAAGGACGCCGCCGCACAAAGCGAGGCCGACGGCGCCGAGGCUCAGGCGAAGCCGCUGACGCGGCUCCACGUCCACACGCUGGCCUUUCAGGCCAUGAUCGUAACGCGCGGGUCAAAGUGGAAGAACACCAUGUCAGCCACGGCCAAGGCCUCGCUCACAGCCAACCGCCACGUCUGCGGCUCCAACGACAUCGACCCGAGCAAGGCCAGGCUCAUCAUGGACGACUCUUUCUCCAUCAGCCGGCAGGAGGGCAGUCAGCGGAUCCCCCUGCAGGAGACCCGGCCCGUCAGCUGCUGGCAUGAGGAGGACUACGAGAUCUGCGUCGCACCCGUCCUGGUGUGCACGGAGGUUUUCCAGACUGCAGGCGGAGGAGACAACAUCUCGGCUGCUGGGCUGGUGUUACAGAUCUAGAGGACUCUGAAUGGGCUCAUGUGCAGCGCUCGCUAGAGGCUAGCAAGCAUUCUUGACUCGAUUUCAAUCAGGGCUUGAUCGAGGUGUGACGCGCUCCGGCUGUGACAUCCUGACAGGUAUCAGGUUAUUUCUGGCUCCGCUGCAGCUCAGGGUGAGUCGCCAGGGGGAGAAUUCAGAGUCAGACGAUGGACUACAGCGGUUUUUAAUCAGGUGAGGCCACCAUACGACAAACAUCAAGGAUCAAAACAAAAAUCUUUUCAAUGAUAUAGUGGAAAACACUCUUCUUAUUGAAAACAUUUUAUAAACAUACAAAAGGGUGAGGUUACAUAUGAGAUGAGUAACCUCAUGGUUCCUCGAGUUCAGUCCCUAUUCAUCCAGUUAAUUUUUCUACAGAACCUAAACAUGCAGCAAACCCCAUCCCGCUGUAGUCCAUCAUCCCACUCAGGUGUUUCAGGUGGUCUCCUCUUCUCUAUUUCUACCAGGUUUCACACGGAGUCGGGAUGAGGUUUGGAUAAACUGAGAUGCAGGUCUUUGGCUUUUUUCAAUAGCAGCACAGUUUGCCCUUUUCUGUGGUGUUUUGCACAACGGCUGCCGUAAGGAUAAACUCUCUCUGCCUCAUUUGAACCUGAGAGUCUGCUAUGCAGCAAACAUCCUGAAGAUUCAGAAAUAGCUGAACCUUCAGUUUCUCGGCAGCAUGUUAAAUCGGGGUUGUCUCCUACUUGAAAUGUACAGACUCCGUGCGUUUUAACCAGCAUUUGACCUCACCUGCCUUUGAGACAAGUCGAGUUCUUCUUUUUCUUUUUAAUGCGAGGUUCUCCUGCCUCUUCUUUCCUGUCCCAUCCCCACAGGCGAGGAGAGAUCUACAGCAGAAAGCUCCUGUUCUUCCCGGUAUAUGUGAAAAGUGUGCAUUGCGGUGUGGUUGUGUUUGCCUUCGGGUUGUCAUUCCUGUGUGUUUCAGCUGCAGUACCAUAAUGCAAAAACAAAUGUAAGUUACGAGACCACUGCUGACAGCUGGAUAUGAUGUCAAUAAUGUAUUCUCUCUACCUCCAUGAUGGUUUUGUGUCUUUCACCUUUCCCCAUCACUUUCAUUCAUCGUGUUUUCUCUCUGAUCGAUCGUUGUGCAUCACUUUAUUGCUCUUUCAGGACCAAGCGAUCAGUGCGGAAAAGCAAUGCUGCAAAGAAGAGUUAUUGUGCAUCUCCCAUUACCCUCAAUACAGUCACAAACAACAGUUUCAUAUGUUUUUUUUUUUUUUUUUUAACCAGACGUAAUUUUUACUUGAACCAGUGGUGUGAUUUACCAUGAAAGCCCUUAAUCUGCAGAGCAGAGGACAGUCUCGACAUAUCUGUCAUUCAGUCAGUCUUCAUUGCACUCAGAGUAGGAUUUGUAGCCAGAUACUCCGCCCUUCUUGUCUCACUACAAGAGUGACGUAACAUGGUGCCUGGAGCCCCGUCACUCCUGGCGCCCACACUUUUUACAGCUCUUCACUUGACCGCUUUGGUACUCGGAUUACACUAAAAUCUCCAUUUACUGAUGCAAUUGAAUUUGAUGUUUUAUCACGUACAAAAACAUUCCCGUUACAAUGAAGUUUUUCACAAAGUGUACCACAGUAUGUGAGUGAAAUGUUUGAGUAUUGAUUAGUUUUUCAAUCCAUUUAAUUGUGAGGUCUUGAUAGAAAGAUGGCAAAGUUGAAGAUAAUCUUAAAAAAAAAAAAAAAAUCUCUGCAUAUUCGGACUGUGUUUCACUGAUGCUUUGGUUUGAAGAUAAA